CGCAAUCUCAAGAAACAACCGGCCGGGUUGUCCGGGGCCCCGGGUUUCAUGGAAAUGGCGUGCUCGGAGAAGCAAGUGAUGGUGGUAGGGAUCGACGACAGCGAGCACAGCUCAUACGCGCUGGGGUGGACGCUGGACCACUUCUUCGUCCCCUGUGCCUCCAACCCUACUUUCAAGCUCGUAGUCGUCCACGCCAAGCCCACUCCCACCUCCGCCGUCGGCCUCGCCGGUCCCGGAGCGGCCGAGGUUUUGCCGAUGGUAGAAGCCGAUUUGAAGAAGAUCGCUGCCCGAGUCGUUGAAAAGGCCAAGGAACUUUGCAUCAGUAAAUCGGUGAAUGAUGUGACAGUGGAGGUUGUGGAAGGAGAUGGUAGGAAUGUUCUCUGUGAGGCCGUGGAUAGACACCAUGCAUCCAUUUUGGUUGUUGGUAGUCAUGGCUAUGGAGCCAUUAAGAGGGCUGUUUUAGGCAGUGUCAGUGACUACUGUGCUCAUCAUGCUCACUGCACCGUGAUGAUUGUGAAGAGGCCCAAAAUCAAACACUAAAAAAGCUACUUUUCCUGCUUCACAUAAACACAUAUAGCAGUUGAAUCAGCCAAGUGAUUUUACAUUAUAAUAAAUUUGAUCAGUGUAUAUUUAUGUGAUAUUUCAUUCAAUGUUGCUUGUUGUGUCAUCUGCUUCUAUACUUUAUUCCCACUUGUGAAUGGGGCGGCUAGGAAUUCUCCUUCAUAUUCUA